CCCGUGCAUCCAGAGCGCCGCGGCGACACCAUGUUGGGCAUGAUCAAGAACUCGCUGUUUGGGAGCGUAGAGACUUGGCCUUGGCAGAUCCUGAGCAAAGGGGGCAAGGGAGAGGUCUCCUAUGAGGAGAGGGCCUGUGAAGGUGGGAAGUUUGCCACAGUGGAAGUGACUGAUAAGCCUGUGGAUGAGGCUCUACGGGAAGCAAUGCCCAAAGUCAUGAAGUAUGUGGGAGGCACCAAUGACAAGGGAAUCGGGAUGGGGAUGACAGUUCCUAUUUCCUUUGCCGUGUUCCCCAGUGCCGAUGGGUCCCUACAGAAGAAAUUAAAAGUCUGGUUCCGGAUUCCAAAUGAGUUUCAAAGCAACCCACCAGCUCCCAGCGAUGACAGCAUUAAGAUCGAAGACAGGGAAGGCAUCACUGUCUAUUCCACGCAGUUUGGCGGUUAUGCCAGGGCAACUGACUACGUAGCUCAUGCCGCCCAGCUGCGCACCACCCUGGAGGGUACAGCCACCUGCCGGAGUGACUUCUACUUCUGCACUGGGUAUGACCCUCCCAUGAAGCCCUACGGACGUCGCAACGAGGUCUGGCUGGUGAAGAGCAAUGAAUAA